GGAAAAAUUGGUAGCAAAAUGGCGGCUGCUGAUGUUCUUGAUUACCAUGGAUGAAAACAAUGAACUGGCCGAACGUAGCGAUAAAUUUAACAUUGAAGAAGAAAUAUCAAUUGCAUCUCAUCGUAAAGGAGUCUCGUGCGUCAAAUUUAGUCCGAACGGACAGUUUAUAGCUUCUUCGUCCGCCGACAAACUUAUUAAAAUAUGGAGCGUCUCAGGAGAUUUGGAGGCAACGUUGAAGGGUCACAAGUUGGAAGUGUCUGAAGUGUGCUGGAAUUCGGAAAGUCGCUUUCUCGUCUCGGCCUCAGAUGACACCAGUGUUAGAAUUUGGGACUACUCCACUAAAUCUUGUGUUAAAGUCCUCCUUGGUCAUCAAGACUUUGCUUUUUGUUGCUGCUUUAACUUCAAAACAACUUUGGUUGUUUCUGGAUCUUUUGAUGAAAGCAUUAAGAUCUGGGAUAUAUCUGAAGGUAAAAAGAAAAAGAUAAAUGAAGGGAGGAAGCUAUUUUAAAUAAGUCCAUGCAAAUUUUUCAUAGCAUAGAGGCCCGGUGGGGGAAGGGGCGACAGGGGGUACUCCCUUAUAUGCCCUAUGCGGGGAUGUGCCGCUGGACAGGGCAUGCUUUUUGACCUCUCUGUCCUAAAAAGGGUAUAUAAGUUCGUGUGAGUCUGUUAAAAGGGUAUUUCCUGCACGAUCAAUUUGAUUUCCAAGAUGAAUUUUGGAUUAUGAAUUUUUUGGACUGUGGACUGACCAUGUAUUAAACCAUUAUUAGCCUGAGAAAAUAGCCAACUUUUCAUGAAGCAACCGCUGGUUUCCCCGCUAAAUUAAUUCUGAGGAAUGAGUGCAGAAAUUCCAUACUGAUGACACAUGACUACCCAGAUUUGGGUUGUAAUAGUGGAGAUACACGCAUGCGCGAGCCACAUGCCUAUGAAAAUUUGGUAAUCUAUCCACCUGAGAAAUUUUGGUAAUCAUGUGACUGUGUGUCCGUCCAUCCUUCCGCACCAUGGGAAACCAAUGUGAAAUGUCAACCUUUCUAGCUAGUGUGGGGGCCUGUAACGUGUAUUUAACUUGAUAAUAGACAUCCAUAAUAUGGUCAAUUGACAACUGUCAAAACAAGGUAUCAGCUGACCAGUGUCACAUGACCGUUCCGUGGGCUCAGGUGCCAACUCAUCGAGGUUACGCAUCUUUUUGAAGUUUUCUGCUGACCAUUUGUUGGUUCUUAAUAAUAACAGUGAUCGCAGGAACAAGUUUAUGUUUUUCGGGUUGUAUGGUUCCCCACUAAAGUUAAGUAUAGAUUUGUGGAUUUCUUUGCAAUGGUUUGAUCUCCAUUGUCUGAAGUAAAUGCAGAAACAGGAGCUUCGCUUUUAGCUCUAUAAUUUGCGUCAUCAGUAUGGAAUUUCUGCACUUGUUCCUCAGAGGUCAUUUCAAGGGGAAACUAGUGUUGGCUUUGCGAAAUGUAGACUGUUUUCUCAGGCUAAAACACUAUGGGAAAUACAUUAGAGGAGGCUAAAUCUGCACCAGUAAGAAAAUGGCCAAUAAGAACUAUAUCCUCUGCAGAGGCUCCCACUUGGUGUAUGAAUGAAAUAAAAUAAAAUUAACAAAAGGUUUGAGGGCGACAAUGGUAAGAGGGAGAAAACAACAAUGGCAACAGUCUUACUCUCUCUUGCUUAAAAAUAAAAUUACAAUAAUGAAAAUAUUGAAAAUAAAAUUAGAGCACUGGCUGCCUGGAAUAACCAUAGAGGCUACAGAGCCAGACAGCCAGUUGAUGUCAGCAUUAAAUAGAAGUAAAUUACAGGUCAGCAAGAUACUGUAGCACAAAUCCACUUUUUUUUCCAAAAUGAACUUGUGCAUUGUCACCUUUCAGGGUGUUGUCUCAAAACAUUGGUUGGUCACAAUGGGGCCAUCACUGCUGUGCAGUUUAAUCCGGAUGGAACACUUGUCAUUUCCUGCAGCUAUGAUGGCAAAUGCUGUGUGUGGGAUGUGUUGUCUGGGUGUUGCUUAAAAACAAUCUUAUCCGCUGAAAAUUCCCAACUGCCAAUAUCACAUGCUCGGCUGUCACCCAAUGGAAAAUAUCUGCUGAUGUCCACCCUUGAUAGCAUCAUAAGAUUAUAGGACUACAAGAUAGGCCAAGGAAGACUAAUAAAAAAAUAUCAAGGUAAUUAAACCUAUGGACUACUUAUAGAGCAUCAGUAAUUACCAGCCAGUUAUCAUUAGCAGGAUGUGAUGUUAUUGAAUUUUACAGAAAACAAAAUUCAACAAUACGGCAACACUGGCCUUUUCAGCCAAGGCAAUUUAAUUUUUCAAAAUAUAAUAGUUAAAAACAGAACCAAUUUUAUCACCUAGAACCCUACAUUUGAUAUUGAAGUCCUCAAAAUCCAAAAGAAUGCUUUGGGUCAUCUUUUGAUUUAUUAUUUCAGAUUAUACUAGUGAGAAUAUUUCUUCUAUUUGUUGUGAAAACAUGAUUAUGUACCUUCACUAUAUCGCAUGUAUAAAGGUAAAAAAAAAGGUAAAGCAACCAAAUUUUUAUGUCGAUAACUUGUGACAGUAAUAAUAAUUGAUAACAUUGAGGUCAAUGGUGCGUUCGUUUUACCCUCCUCUCUCCAUCAAUGCUCCGUUUUAAGGAUUUUUAAAGCUCAUCAAAGCUACACAGAAAGGAGAGAAGUUGAAACAAGGAUGUGAUGUCAGCGGGUAUCGAACUUGGAACCCCACGCACUAACCAAAUGUGCCACCCUUGCUUCUGACAUUCUGUAUAAGGGAAAAGUGAGUGAGGGCUUCUUCGUCUACCUCCACUAUGGCUAAAGUGAUGUUAUACAUCUGCACUUACAGGGCAUCUAAACAAGGAUUAUUGUGUUAUGGCAUGUUUUGGUACUGUUCAAGGCAAGUGGAUCAUAUCUGGAUCAGAAGACAAUCAGCUAUUAAUCUGGGAUCUUAAUACAGGCC